UUUCUGUUCAAUGAUGGUGUCAUGAUAGUACUGCUCAUUCAGUACAAACCGCUCCUUCUACUUCCAAACCCCUAAACCCUGAACCUCUCACUAUUAAGGCGCCAAAAUUAGACCCCUUUUAGCUCUCAAAACCCUAAUUUUCCACAGUUCCAAUUCUCAUGCAAUCAUCUUUCUAUGCAGCCUCCAACUCCCACCACUUCCUCCUCUCAUGGAAAACCCCACAACCCCAAUUCACACCCCGCAAGCCACUCCCCAGGAAGCUCCGUACCACCUUCAAAGCCCCAACCUUUACCAACUCCCUCAGAACCUCAAUUGGGUACGAGCCGGAAGAAGGCCUCGGAGAAGACCCGGGUCCUUCAACGCCGCCGGGUCGGCUUCCGGUCGUGAUUCGGAGGUCGGGUCGGGUUUCCAGGUACUUCUGGGAUGGGGAUUGCUUGCAAUUAGUCGGUGUUGAUGGCCGUGCGGCGUCGUUUGGUUUGGAUUUGGACGAUGGGUUUCGGAAAUUUUAUAGAGUCUGUAGUUGUGCUGUCAGGGAUUUCUUUAUUCCCAAGCAAGUUAGUGGGAAUUAUAUGAGCUAUGUGAAAUGGAAGUUCUUGCACCGCGUUUUUAGCUCUGCGCUGCAGGUUCUUGCUACUCAGGCAAUGUUUCGGGCCAUUGGGAUUGGGUACUCUCGUUCGCUUCCAGCGGCGGCUGCUCUUAACUGGGUCUUGAAGGAUGGACUUGGACGGCUGAGUAGGUGCAUCUAUACUGCUAGUCUAGCGUCUGCUUUUGAUACCAAUUUGAAGAGAGUUCGGUUUUCAACCUCUGUUCUGUUCACGUUGAGUGUUGGAGUUGAGCUGUUGACACCUGCAUAUCCUCAGUAUUUCCUGCUUCUUGCAUCUUUAGCCAACGUUGCAAAACAAAUAAGCUUGGCUUGCUAUAUAGCGACUAGUUCUGCUGUUCAUAGAAGCUUUGCAAUAGCAGAUAAUCUUGGUGAACUUUCGGCAAAGGCACAGAUUCAAACAGUGUGCUUUGAUAACCUUGGCCUUUUGCUUGCUGCAUUGUUGAAUAUGUUGUUGAAGAACAACCAAAGGUUGCAGACAGGCUUGCCCUUUGUUGUAUACCCCAUCUUCUCAGCACUUGACCUUUGUGGAAUAUAUCAAGGGCUUAAACAUGUCCAUUUACAAACAUUAAGUAAGGAUAGACUUGAAAUUCUGCUAAAUACUUGGAUCAAGUUAGGUAAAGUUCCUUCACCUGCAGAAGUGAGUAAAGAAGAAGGAAUCGAUUUCCUGCGGUGCAAAGACAAAGGAUUAUGGCCCAUCAGAAUAGGGUACUUGGAUCCAAAGAAUCAAAUACCCAAGUUAUCCAUGAUGGCGAUGAGAUCUACUAGUGAUGAUGAUUAUUACUUCAUAUCCAUGGAGACAUUUUAUACAAGAAAACGAAGAACUAAGCAACAUGGAAUUCUUCUUUGUCUACGGGAAAGAGCCAGCACUCCAGAUAUUAUCAAGGGUCUGUUGCAGGCAUGCUAUAUCCGCAAAGUCCUGCUUAUGGACGAGAAUAGGUGGGCGGACAUGGUAGAUGCUAGAGAUGCAUUAGACUCUGCUCUAAACGAAUGGCCAAAAUUGAUUGAUGAGUGCAAACGGCGUGCACAGGGUGAUAUGUACCUGUUGAAUGAACAAAUGGUGGCCCGGGGUUGGGCUACUAAGAAUAUCUUACUGAGUACACAAGAGCAGACUCGAUAUAGUUUUGUAGAUGACUGAAGAUUCCUUUAUGUAUGUAUAUUAUUGAUUCUUCUUUUUUCCUUCAACUUUGGUGGUUCUCCGUGCCAUGGAGAAUUUUGGGGAUCACAGAAAACUCAAUUGUAAUCAGUUUAAUUUAUAGUAAUACAAUUUGCAGCUGAUCCUUCUAU